AUGGCACAAUUUCAGAAAGGAUUGAAGAACAUCCUCCAAAAACACCCAAAUGACGUGGUCUUCCUCUCCGCUCUCCGUACUGCCAUAACCCGAUCUUACAAAGGCGGCCUUCGCAAUGCCUACCCAGAGCAAAUGCUCGCUACUGUUCUCCGUGCAACGCUCACGCAAAACCCCAAUGUCCCACCCUCCGCCAUUCAAGAUGUCGCAGUCGGAACCGUCCUCUCCGAACUUGGCGGCUCCAAAGCCGCCCGUAUGGCCCUGAAUCACGUCGGCUACCCAUCUAGUACAUCUCUCUACACCGUCAACCGUGCCUGCGCAUCCAGCCUCCAAGCCAUCACUACCAUCGCCGACAGUAUCGCCGUCGGACGGAUAGACGUGGGUAUUGGCGCGGGCAUGGAAAGCAUGACGAGGAAUUACGGUUCGAAAGCUGUGCCGACGCAGUUAUGGCCUGAGUUGAAGGAGAGUGGGGUAAAAGAUGCAAGGGAUUGCAUCAUGCCAAUGGGCAUCACAAGUGAGAAUGUAGCGGAGAGGUAUGGUAUUAGCAGAGCGGAUCAGGACGCCUUUGGUGCCGCAUCACACAUCCACGCAUCCAAAGCACAAAAAGAUGGCCUAUUCGACAAAGAAAUCGUCCCAGUCUCCGUCACAAAUCCACCAGGCGAAGGCGACGGCGACGGCAGCCCCACCCCUCAGCCCAGCGAAACCGUCGAAGUCUCCAAAGACGACGGAAUCCGACACAACGCGUCCACAGAAUCCAUGGCUAAGCUUAAACCCGUCUUCAAAGAGGCCGGCACCACAACGGCAGGCAACAGCUCUCAAAUCUCCGACGGCGCCGCCGCAUCUCUCAUGAUGCGUCGCUCGACCGCCAAUUCCCUCGGUCUCUCCUCUUCUAUCAAAGGGAAGUUCGCCGGGGCAACAGUCGUGGGCGUCGCGCCGGAUGAAAUGGGUAUUGGGCCCGCCUACGCUAUCCCUGCCCUUCUCUCCUCCCUGGAAAUCAACAAAGAGGAUGUAGGUGUGUGGGAAAUCAAUGAGGCCUUUGCGAGUCAGGCACUUUAUUGUGUAAGGAGAUUAGGGUUGGACAAGGCGCUGCAAGAGGGUAGGAUUAAUCCUAGAGGUGGGGCAAUAGCGUUAGGGCAUCCGUUGGGCGCGACUGGGGGGAGGAUGGUGAGUACCAUUUUGAGCGAAAUGGGUAGAGGAGGGUUGGGGGACGUGGGGGUUGUGAGUAUGUGUGUUGGGACGGGGAUGGGGAUGGCGGGCUUGAUUGUCAGGGAAUGA